ACAAAAAAAUCGAAUUUGGAUGAGCAAAGCAGAUUUCAAAACACAGCAAGUACACAAAAAGUUUCGAUCUUUGAUUUCAAAUACAACGAAAAGAAAAAGAAUCUUGAAAAUUAUCUGUCCAAAAACAAGCCUACCCAACAAGACUAGAGUGGGAAAAGGGAAAAUCUUGGAGAGAGAAACUGUAGAGAGAGAGAGAGGGGAUGAAGGGAGGGAAAAAGAAAUUGUUGGGCGCGGAAUCUUCUCAGCCCUCCGAAAUCGUCGCCUCCAUCGCCGGGGACGGCGCCGGCGCGGGCAGCUCCGAGCAGCCUACGGGCAUUUCAACGGGAGCUCAACCGGCGGCGGAGCCGCAGCAGCAGGACGAGAUGGUCGGAGCUGAUGCUGACGGCGGCGCGGCGGAGGAAGACGACGGCGAGCUGCCGGAGGAAGAGGCGGAGGACGACGAGCAGUACGAGGACCUCCAGAUCGAGGAGGAGGCGGAGGGCGAGGCGGUGGAGGGAGAAGAAAAUGGAAGACCUAAGCUUGCAGAAGGGUUUUACGAGAUUGAGACCGUGAGGAAGAAGAGAGUUCGAAAGGGCCAAGUGCAGUACUUGAUCAAAUGGCGAGGUUGGCCGGAGACUGCAAACACGUGGGAGCCUGUGGAAAAUCUGUUAUCAUGCUCUGAUGUUAUAGAUGUGUUUGAAGAGAGUAUGCGGUCUGGCAAGAGAUCCACACGAAGGCGUAAGCGGAAGCAUAGUGUUACUCACACUCAACCGAAGAAAAAACAGCAGCAGCAGCAGCAGCGUUCCCCUGCAGCUGCCACGUAUAGUGUGCCAGCUGUGAAGGUCAGGAUAAUGGAGGAACCUUUGCCCUUUCCAUGUGAUGACCCGAGUGUGAAUCACUUGAACAAUAAUGUUAGUGCGGGUGGUGUGAAAGGAGUGGUCCAAGUGGUGCACGAGAAUGGUGUGAAAGCGGAUUCCUCUGCGUGUAGGAGAACAAGUGAACGUAAUGACUUGGAUCUAAAACUCAGUGAACUUCGGGGAAUGCCUAUGACUAAUGGGGCCAAUGUGAAUAAAUCUCAGGAGGGUCGUAUUCCAGGCGAGGGCCUUUCAAAUGGGUUUUUAAAACCAGACGGGACACAAUCAGUUCAAUCUGGUCGCUGUACUGGAGCUAAAAGGAGAAAGUCAGGCUCGGUUAAGCGAUUUAAGCAAGACUCGUCCACCAAUGUAUUGAACGAUAUGCCAGAUGCGACAAUCAGAGCUAUCAGCGAUAACGCGAUUGCAGUUGCGCCUGAAGGAAUUCAGAACCAUCCCUUUGUGGGCAAUGAUUGGGGCUACAAGAACAAGUCUGCGAAUUUUGAAGAUGCGUAUAACAUUUCUCAGAUUGUUAAGCCGGUGGGCUAUCAAGCUGCCGUGUCCAAUGGAGUCCAAGAAGUUUCCAUAACCUUUUUGGCUAAGAGGUCUGAUGGGAAAGAGGUGACAGUGGAUAACAAAUUUCUGAAGGCAAAUAAUCCACUUCUGUUGAUAAACUUCUAUGAGCAACAUCUACGGUACAAUCCCUCUGCGUGAGUGAAGAUGCUGAGAAAGGGGAAAACGCGGCAUGGUUUCCACAUCUGUGAAUGUAUAGUGUUGUAAUUUUGUAGCAGGAGGCCUUAGCUUUAGCGAUACUUAUGAUGAUGGUAGUAAAUAGUUUAAGCUGAACCGCAUGGCAGGAAGUCUAGUGUUACAUUACACUGAUUGUCGGAGCUACAUGAUAUCCGGGGAAUGAAAAUUUUCACAUGACAUUGUUGGGCUUUUGCAGUUUCAGCAGCUCUUAUUUGAUCAUUUUCCAUGCACUUCA